UACACACACACUACUAGACGGAUCCAAGCCAGCAAGUCCAGAAAGGAAAGGAAGGCCGCGGAGCGGCGAAUAAAGAAAAAGAGAAAGCCCCCAGCCAUUAUUGCCAUUGGCUGCCUGGUCUUGGUCGACGUCGUGUGGAUCGCCUUUGGCUUGCUUGUCGUCGGAUUCUACCUUCUCUCGCUCUCUCCUUCCUUCCUUCUGUCUGUUUCACUGGGUUCUUCUGGUGCCUCACUCACUCCUUCCGGGUGAACUAUUUUGGAUCGUCAGCCCGCCCAAGGCAUUGCCGAGCCGUGAACCGCCUCUACCCAUCAUCUCCGGAUAUCGAUUGGGCGUGUUAAGUGAAUGGAUUGAUCGAUUGUUGGUUCUGAUUAUGUGUCCGAUGGUUGUUGCUUUGAGUAGUAGUGGUCGUUGUUGUUGUUGUUGUUCGUUGUUUUCCCUGAGCGAAUCGAGUGGCAAGAUUGGUUCUUCUGGGUUGGUGCUCAGAAGAUGGUUUUGUCGUGUCUGAGCAAGCUCAAAGAUUGGAUUGUUUGGUCUUGGACGUAUCUCUGGGCAUUCUGGUUUCUCCUCGUCGUGUUCGUCUUAUAUUAUCUCCGAGGCCCGCUUAAGAUUGGUGAAAACGUGGGCAUGGCGACCAUGUUCCUCUCCACCCUCACGCCCAAAUUCUAUGUGGCUUUAACGGGCACGUCUUCCCUCAUCUCGGGACUGAUCCUCAUCUUCGAAUGGUGGUACUAUCGACGUUAUGGCACUUCGUUCAUCGAGCAAGUGAGUCUGAAUCAUAUCAGUCCUUGGUUGGGCGGGGGUGAUGCCAAUGAGAAUGGCUUGGCUACCACUGGAGGUUUGGGUAGCCCGGGUGGAGGCGGGUCGAAUCCCGUGCCCGAGUGUAAAGUCUGGCGAAAUCCCCUGAACCUAUUCCGCGGCGCCGAGUAUCAACGCUUUCAAAGCGAAACGAAGAAAGAACCCCUAACCUACUACGACAUGAACUUAUCCGCUCAAGACCACCAGACCUUUUUCACUUGUGAAGCUGAUGCGGGCAAACCCGAGUAUGAAUUGAUGCAAACAGCUUGGCGCGAACGCGUGCCUGAAACUCGGAUCAAGGCUGCCAAGGAAGCGAUUGCCAUGAAUUCGGAUUGUGCCACGGGUUACAUCCUUCUGGCGGAAGAAGAGGCUCAUGACAUCUUGGAAGCAGAAUCCAAGUUCAAGGAGGCGUACAGGAUAGCCGAGCAGAAUCACCGGCGAUCCCAGCAACUCCAGCAUCAGAACUCCAUGUUAGAAUCCCAGCAUCGUCGCGACACCAACGUCAUGAUCUACAUCAGACGGCGAUUGGCCAUGUGUGCGAGGAAACUGGGCAAGCUGAAAGAGGCGGUGAAAAUGUUCAAGGAUCUCACCAAAGAAGUCCCCCCCAUCAUGAACGUCCUGAACAUCCACGAGAACCUCCUGGAAGCGCUACUCGAAUUGGGCAGCUACGCGGAUGUCCAAGCCGUGUUGGCCAAAUACGACGACUUCUCGCUGCCCAAGUCCGCCGCCAUCUGCUACACAGCCGCCCUCCUGAAAGCCCGCUCCGUGGCCGACAAGUUCUCGCCGGACGUGGCGUGCAAGCGCGGGCUAUCGGGCUCCGAGGUGUCGGCCGUGGAGGCCAUUCACCGCGCCGUCGAGUUCAAUCCGCACGUGCCCAAGUAUCUGCUGGAAAUGAAGCGCCUCAUCUUGCCGCCCGAGCACAUCCUCAAGCGCGGCGACUCCGAGGCCAUCUCCUACUCUUUCUUUCAUCUCCAGCAUUGGAAAAGGGUGGACGGUGCCCUGAAUUUACUACAUUGCACGUGGGAGGGCACGUUUCGACUCAUUCCCUACCCGCUCGAGAAGGGCCAUCUGUUCUACCCGUACCCGAGUUGUACCGAGUGUGCGGAUAAGGAGCUCUUGCCCAUCUUUCACAAGGUGUCCGUUUACCCGAAGAAGGAGUUGCCAUUCUUCAUCCUGUUCACGGCCGGACUCUGUACUUUCACGGCCCUCUUGGCCUUGCUGACCCAUCAGUACCCGGAUUCGAUGGGCACAGUGGCCAAGACCGUGCUCGUGUGGAUUGCCACGCCCAUCCAGUACAUCAUCGAGAAAUCCGAGGCGUUCUUUCCCACCGGGAUUUUUCCUCAUUUCACCCACAAGUGAACAUGAUUAUAUCAUCAUCACAUCCUAAUCAUCGUCCUCUCAAAACCUACCCGUUGUGUCGGCGUCUCGACCGACCUCCGGGUGGAUUGAGGCGCUCUCCCCCCUAUCUGUAAACUUCAGUAGGAUCGAGACCCGUCUACCUUGAUCGACCCCCCCCUCCCCCCCCUCGAUUCUGCCGAACCCAAAAAUAUAUCUGUGUACCGAUCGA